UUUUUUUUUCCUAAUGGGAUCCCUUUGGGGAGUUUAAGCCGGAAUGUGACACUUCCAGGAAGACUGGAAUGUAGUCAUAGUUCAACUCUAAGAUGGUCUUUAAGACCACUUCCCCUCUCCAGUUCGGUUCUAGGCAUACUAAGCUGCUCUUGCUUCCUCAAUCAAACCAUGCGCUUUUUUUUUUUUUUGGCCUGUGGGCCUUGGCGCUUGCUGUUCACUCUGUCAGAUCCAUUCCCAUUCUAGCUGUCUCCUAUUUGUACUUGGCUUAAGGAUCACCACCUCCUGGAAGCCUUUCUAGAACCAUAGGACGGGGCAGGCGCCUUUUAGGCUCCCACAGCCCCCUGUGUUCCUCACUCCAGGUCUGACCUUCUGGGUAGUAGUUGUCUAAUUAGGUGUGUAUCUCCUUCGACUGGGGCGCCGUGAGUACAGGAGUAUGGUUCACUGCAGAAACCAUAGAAUCUGCCAGCAUAGGGUCUGACACCAAGGAGAUCAAUAAACAUUUAUCCCGGUUGGGAGAUGUCCUGACCCUCGUGCCCCCUCUCAAGAUGCAAACGGAUUCCCAACGAAAACAAGGUUACCCACUUCGCGCUAGUCUGCAGUCCCUGCGCGCAUGCGCUUUGCUCAGGUUGCCCCGCCAUAUGCUAAUCACUGCGCUCAGGAGUAAGGCCUCCUCGGGGAAUAUGCAAAUCACUCCUUCCAGUUCUGGAGGCCUUUCAUUGUCCCGCGCUAGAAUUAUGCAAAUAAGCAGGCCUCGGGCCCAGGAUCCAGUCCGAACUAGCGCCCCCCACCCCCAGCGCAUCCCAUUUUUAUAAGUAGCGUUCCUGCCCCGCACACGCACGCGCGAACCCUUCAGCUUGUUGUUCCUUCGGGCCGCGGACUGUACCAAGUAAACCCAGACAGCGAGGGGCAAAGCACGGCGCCCCCCGCGCGGGUCUCGUCGACGGCCCGACGCUCAUAGCCCCUCUUCACACAGAGCUACAGGACUAGUCCGUCUCGCCGCGCAAGCGCCCUAGGCUCUUCACCCCCCCUGCGCGCUCUCCUACCCUACUUGCGACGCAGGCGCAGAGGCUGGGCGUGCAGCCGCCGCCGCAGAGCCGGAGCGGGGGCCGCGGGCGCCGCAUCCCUCUCUACCUGCCAACAUCCUGUAUUAGAGAACUUGUGGCCGAGGUGUGGCUGUGGAGAGCUGGCCGGGGAGGGACACUGCUCAGCUGCUGCUCUGCUGUCUCCUGUCCCCUCUUCUGGCCAUGACAGAGACCCGUGAGCCAGCUGAGACUGGGGGCUAUGCCAGCUUGGAAGAAGACGAUGAAGACCUUUCCCCAGGCCCUGAGCAUUCCUCUGAUUCAGAAUACACUCUCUCAGAGCCGGACUCCGAAGAGGAAGAAGAUGAGGAGGAGGAGGAAGAGGAGACCACUGACGAUCCCGAAUAUGAUCCUGGCUACAAGGUGAAGCAGCGCCUUGGCGGGGGCCGUGGUGGCCCAUCCCGCCGGGCCCCCCGUGCAGCCCAGCCCCCGGGCCCCCCGGCUCAGCCUUGCCAGCUCUGUGGCCGCUCACCCCUUGGGGAGGCCCCACCGGGAACCCCACCCUGCCGGCUCUGCUGCCCUGCUACAGCCCCCCAGGAAGCACCAGCCCCUGAAGGCAGGGCACUCAGGGAGGAAGAGGAGGAACCACCUCGGGUUGGGGAGGGCCGACCAGCUGGGCGGGAGGAGGAGGAGGAAGAGGAGGAGGAGGGAACCUACCACUGUACGGAAUGCGAGGAUUCCUUCGACAACCUGGGGGAGCUGCACGGGCACUUCAUGCUGCAUGCCCGGGGUGAGGUGUAGGCAGCGCCCCCACACAGGGAGCUUGGCAGAAGGGGUGGGGUGGGAGGAGGGGGCCUGAGGACAUUAGGGUUAUGACAGUGGUCAUGGGGGAUGGGGUACUGCCGGUCUGUGUUGUCUUAGAAGUAGAUGUGUGAUGGCCAGAAUAAAAGCCAAAAUCUGUA